AUGGCAUACACGAUUGAAAGGUUGGAGAAAGCCCGCAGGCUAUUUCCCAGCCAUACACGGAAAUACUACGAGUUCGAAGACAAAUACGACUUGAGAAAUCGAGACCGCCCGCACAAUACCGUCAUCGGCUCCUCCUGGGUCGACAAUGAUGACGAUGAUGACUACAAUCCUCGACAGCCUCGACUGAAGAGAAAAUUGCCCUCUGAUCAUACUCACAGAUCUUCCAGAGGUCGUUCAAAGCGCGCACGAAGCCUCUCGCCUUCCUUGGCACCUCUUCUAGAGACAGACUGCGGGGCUGAAAUACAACCCUUGCCUUCUAUCCCAGUCACCCUGGGAGACCUGGGACCUUCAAAGUGGGACCUUGUUUGGAAACCUCAACAUGAACGAGAUCCAAAUCAAAGGCACUUCCUCCGCCCUCGCCAGAGGUCUCCUGAUUUCAUUUCGUUGGCCGAUCUUAGAACCCCGCCAGAAAUGACUGAUGUGCCUCAUGAAGCCAUUGUCCCCAACGGAUGUCUUGCGUGUCAAGACAUUAAUUUGGACUGUUCUCUGGUACUAGAACCACUUCACUACCCUUGCCGGAACUGCAAGGAUGACAAGUGUGACUGCUUGCUUGAGCCUCCACCUUUGUGGAAACGCACUUGUGAGAGUUGCAGGCUACGACGCCCCCGACGAUGCUCAUACAAUUUCAGGGACUAUGACCACAGUCUACCAUGUCAAGAAUGCCGACAACACGGAUUCAAAUGCAUUGCCGGUCCUGCGAAAGGUCUGCCGCCUCUUCAACCUUGCGAGACUCCAGAUAUUGAGACCAUAAAUGAAACGCAGCUUCCUGGGCCGAAUGAAUCCCCUGCCUCCCCUGGAAAACGUGUGGGCAGCGGUAUAAUGAGUCCGCCGGAGCGAGGCGAAUAUUCUGAUAGCUGGGUAAAUUGCGAUGAAAAGAAUAAUGCGGGUAUCCGACCCUCGGAGUCCUUGGAAUCCCAGAAAGAGUACCUGGGUGGCAAAGUGCAUCGUGUAUGGACUGAGUUUGCACAUCCAUUAAAGGUCCUACAUGUCCCGCCAAACGACGGAUCUGAGCCGUGUCACUGGUGUAAUAACUUUGCCUAUGGAAUCCUGGGGCUUGGAGUCAGAAAUCCUGAGGUUUUGGACUUUGGUGAUGGCAAGUUAAUCGAGCUAGCAGAUGGCCAUCAAGGGGAGGAUAAGGAAACCAGCCGCAUGUGCCAAGCUUGUGUCUUCAAAAGGCUUGAAAUCAUGAAAUGCUCUCAUAUUGACAUCGUUCCACUAGCGGGGUUUGAUUUACCAGGCAGACAAUUUGAUACAGCUCGUGCCUAUCGUCAUCUAGCUCAGGCUGGUGAGGCGUUGUACAAUCCAGCAUCAGCCGCAUAUGGGGAGCCUUUCAACAACACAAGAAAUCCCUGGUGCAGUCUCUGCAAAGAGCCUGCAUUUUGGUGCUGCAAAGCUCCGCAUUCUUUGAGUCAAAGUGUUUUAAUUGCCGGUUAUCUGUCCUACGAUCUAGGAUGCGAGCUUGUCCUAUGUGACUAUUGCGCCCAUUUUACAAAGAGAUUCCAGGGAAAUUUAAACAAGGUGGUGCAAUGGGGUCGAAGUGAUCCUCAAAAUGGGACUGAAUAUCGGGCUGAUGUGGAGUAUAUCCUGACUCCUCUCGAGUCAAACUAUUUACUUCGCCAGAUUGAGAAUCUUAAGCAGCUGGAAUGA